UCCGCCGGGCCGGGCAGGACGAGAUGGCGGCGCUGGGCGAGCCGGUGCGGCUGGAGCGAGACAUCUGCAGAGCAAUUGAAUUGCUGGAGAAAUUACAGAGAAGUGGAGAAGUGCCACCACAAAAGCUACAGGCAUUGCAAAGAGUCCUUCAAAGUGAAUUCUGUAAUGCUGUAAGAGAGGUGUAUGAACACGUAUAUGAAACUGUGGAUAUCAGCAGUAGCCCAGAAGUUAGAGCUAAUGCAACAGCAAAGGCCACGGUAGCUGCAUUUGCUGCUAGUGAAGGUCAUUCUCAUCCCAGAGUGGUUGAACUACCCAAAACCGAAGAAGGUCUGGGCUUCAACAUUAUGGGAGGCAAAGAACAAAAUUCUCCAAUUUAUAUCUCUCGAAUUAUCCCUGGAGGUAUAGCUGACAGACAUGGAGGACUGAAACGUGGAGACCAGCUGCUUUCUGUGAACGGAGUGAGUGUUGAAGGUGAACACCAUGAAAAAGCAGUAGAACUGUUGAAGGCAGCUCAAGGAAAGGUGAAAUUAGUGGUGCGAUAUACACCGAAAGUCCUUGAAGAGAUGGAGUCAAGAUUUGAAAAAAUGAGAUCGGCAAAACGAAGGCAGCAGAAUUAACACUGUGUGCAAUAACUUAAAGCAAAAAUAUAUAUUCCUUUUACAUUUUAUAGUUUCUUUGUGACUCAGUUGAUCCAAUGCCUGUCAUAAGACCCUGUCGUUUUCAUAGAAUCAUGGAACAAUUGAGGUUGGAGGAACUCGAUCUAGUCCAUUCCCCAGCUCAGAGGAGGGUCAGCUAGAGCAGGUUUCUCAGGAGUGUGACAAGCUGGUUUAUUAGAUAUCUCUAAGGA